AUGGAUCAAACCUCAAUGUCUGAAAACACUCAAAAUAAGGCAAACACCGAUAAUUUGGACAUGUCUCAGCACCAUUCAUCAUCCCCACGUCACAGUCCAGGCCACAGUGGAGCUCACUACCAUCCUGACUCCUCCCACCACAGGGUGGCCCAACAUGAUGGUGAGUCCCGCCAUCAUGGCACACCCCACCAUCACUCUGGAUCUCACCACUCUCCUGAGUUCCAAGACAAUUCCUCCUCCUAUUAUUCCUACCCAUCUCACCACUACGGUGAGGUCCACCAUCAUGGCAGAACCAACAGUCCUACAUCCUCUGGUCCAGGCACUUCUCGUGGCCCUGUUCAGUCCCAGAAGGACUCUUUCAAUGAUGAGCACUACCACAACAGCAGGAUGCAUCACAGUGGCUCCCACCACCAGGAUGGGUCCUACCACCAUACUGAGCCCUACCACCAUGGCAGAUUGAACUACCAUGGUGGGUCCAACCGUCAUGAUGGCCCCCCCCAUCACUUUGGAUCCCAUCACAAUGUGUCCCCCUAUCAUGUUGGAUCCCACCACAGUGGGUCCUCCCACCACAUUGGAUCCCACCACAGUGGGUCCUCCCACCACACUGGAUCCCACCACAGUCGGUCUCCCCACCACAUUGGAUCUCACCAUGGUACGACCACCCCCCAUACUGGAUCCCACCACAGUGAGUACUACCACCAGAGUGAUUCCCACCCACCUGGUGGGUCCCAUUACCAUAGUGGGCCCCACCCCUCAGGUGGAUCUUACCACCACGGUGGGCCCUACUAUCAUGGUGGGCCCCAAAAUCCUCAUGAGGAUUUGCCUCAGCAUUCCUACGGUGGAUUUUACCACCACACCAAGAGUUCCAAUCAUAGUGGACUCCACCAUGAUGUAUCCAUUACUGGUGAAGACUUCCACCAUGGAAGAUACCAUCACCAUGAAGCCCACCACCACAGAAGGCCUCAACGUCAUGGAGAGACUGCUUCCCAUAUUUCCUCUGAGGAGUCAUACAGUCAUGGUCAUAAUGAGCAUCAUCGUGCUGAUUACCACCCCAGUGAGCAACACUAUGGGGAGCAUCCCCACCAAAGAGAACACCACCACAGUGAACAUGCCCACCAAAGAAUCCACCAACACCACAGAGACUACAUCCACUAUGGUGAGCACUCCAGUAGCUUGCAUCCUCCUGAUGACUUACACAGUGAUCACCGAUACAAGGAGUACCAUCAGAGUACAUCCCAACUAUCUGUUCCACACAGCCUUGGUAAGGCUCCCCACAGCUCAGCCAUUUCUUUGAAGCCACCCCGUACAUCUGGUAUGGUACACACUAAGGGCUCUGCCUCCAGCAUGAGUCAGACACACUCUAGAGUUCUCUCGAUUGGCUCCCAGAUCUCCAACAAAGUCCAUCCCCAGGAUACCUCCUCCAAAGACUCAGAAAGCUGGGAUGAAGAAGAUGAGCAAUUUCAAAAGCGCAAAACCAGCCGGAGCCAGCGGGCCCACAAGAAGCUGCGUUCUUCACCCUUCAUCUCUAUGCUGUAUGAAAAAUUAAGCUAUCUCAUCCAGGGCUUCCGGAGAAUGAUCUGGAACCUGACCCACUCCUGGGUCUUUGAAGCCUUCAUCUUCUUCAUCAUCUGCCUCAACACUGUCAUGCUUGUGGCCCAGACCUUUGCUGAAGUGGAGAUCAGGGGGGAAUGGCACUUCUUGGCCUUGGACUGCAUUUUCUUCUGCAUCUACGUAGUGGAAGCUCUGCUCAAGAUCAUUGCCCUGGGCCGCUCAUAUUUUCGUGACUACUGGAAUGAUCUGGACUUCUUAAUCAUGAUCAUGGCCAUGCUGGACUUCCUGCUCAUGCAAUUUAACUCCUCCUCCAUCUAUAACCAAAGCCUCUUCCGGAUCCUCAAGGUCUGCAAGAGCCUGAGGGCACUGAGGGCCAUCCGGGUCCUGCGGAAGUUCAGUAUCCUAACCAGCCUCCAGGAAGUGACAGGGACCCUGGCCCGGACCUUGCCAUCCAUCACAGCCAUCCUCAUCCUCAUGUUUACCUGCCUCUUCCUAUUCUCCGUGGUACUCCGGGCACUGUUCCGAAAAUCUGACCCCAAGCGCUUCCAAAGCAUCUUCACCACCAUAUUCACCCUCUUCACCUUGCUCACCCUGGAUGACUGGUCUCUCAUCUACAUGGACAGCCGAGCUCAAGGAGCCUGGUACAUCAUUCCCAUUCUUAUGAUUUACAUCAUCAUCCAAUACUUCAUCUUCCUCAACCUGGUGAUAGCUGUCCUGGUGGAUAACUUCCAGAUGGCACUGCUCAAAGGCCUAGAGAAAGUGAAGCAGGAGAGGGCUGCCAGGAUCCACGAGAAGCUACUGGAAGACUCGAUAACGGAUCUCAGAAAAGCAGAGCCUGAAGAGGCGAUGAGUGAAGGCACCAUGAGAAAGCAGUUCAUCGAGAAAAAGUUUGGGACCAUGACUGACAAGCAGCAGGAGCUCCUGUUCCACUACCUGCAGCUGGUGGCAGCCGUGGAGAAUCAGCAACAGAAAUUCCGUUCCCAGGCAUCUGUUGCUGAUGAGAUUGUUGAUGCCACAUUUGAGGUAGACCAAGCAGGAUAGGGAGGGUGGCAUGAGGGAGCCUUGGGAUCUUGUGCCCAGAAGUGGCCCCAAGUAACAAUCACAUGGGUGUAUUUGGGAGGGCA